AUGACCUCUAAACGAGCUGUAGUGUCUGCUGUGAAUUGGUCUGAGCUUUAUUCUAAAUGCCCCAAACACCAAUUAGAUCAAUUUAGAGAGUUGAAGACUAAAACGGACAGUCUUGUUUCCAGGAUAACAUCACUCCCAGAAUCGCUGCCACCAAUUAAUUGGGAACACUAUGCUCAUGUUGUCCCCAUUCCAGGGCUUGUUGAUAAAUUCAAGAAGCAAUAUACAAGUUUCUCAGUUGAUUACCCUAAAGAUAAGUCGGAUGCUAUCACUAAAGUUGAGAAGCAAGGGAGUGUUAUGAUAGCUAAUGCUAAACGUCAUGCAGAUGCUUGUUUGAAAAUGAAAGCUAGUGCAGAGAAAAUGGUAUUUAUUCCUAACUCAUGUAUAUUUUGUCCUUAG